UUCAUUAGUUGUUCGAAGUGCUUUGUCGUCGGUAGUAAAUACGCUUCAGCUCAGCAACGAAAUAUUUUAAAAUAAAAAUUCGAAAAUGUCACCAAAGUCCACAUUACACGACGAAAUGGGAGUUUUCAAUGGAUUUUUCUUGGUUUUUGGUUUGUGGCCGACGUGGAACAAUCAGAAAUAUAAAACGCCAUUGUUACUUUAUUCAAUUUUUUCGAUUUCAUUGGUAUUUUUCAUAUUUGUGUCGGCCAUUUUCAUAAACGAAGUGCUCGAUGACAGUUCCCUCUCAACGGCCAUUGCCUAUUCUUUUAUGUUAAGCAUUUUAACAACGCAUUUAAUAAUUGUGGUUCAAUCGUUAUUUUAUCGCAAUGCUCAAUUCAAGCUGAUUCAAAAAAUUUCGUAUGUUGAUCGUCUGUUUAAUACCAAACUGCAAAUAUUCAUAUCAUAUCGAAAUGAGAAAAAAGAACUGUUCAUACGGAUGACUCUAUUGCUGGCCAUUUUUGUUGCGAUUAAAGUUGGACUAGUUUUGCACCUAUAUUCGCAAAAUCGACUUGGCAGUUUUUGGUAUCAUUGCUUUUAUUCAAUUUGGAUAAUGCGCUUAAGAUGCGUUCAAGUGUUGUUUUUUGUUUAUUUACUGCGAACCCGUUUAAUUUUGGUGAACGAUAAAAUCAAGGAAAUUUUAGCCGCACGCAAUUUACAUUCUGGAGAUACAACUGAAUGGCAACCAAUUGUCGAUACGAGGAACAUUGUAUUCGUUAUGGAUAACUCAAAUACAAAGUACUCAACAUAUGAUCGACUAUUGAAUUUGAAGCAAAUUUAUGGUGAAUUGUAUGAAAUUUGCGAACUAAUCAACAUUACAUUUGGAUGGUCACUGUUGGCCAUAACGACUCAGUGUUUUAUAGACUUUACGAGUAACAGCUAUUGGACCUUUAUUGCUUUGGAACAAAAUACACCAGAUAUUGCACAAUCCAUUGAUAACAUUAGCUUACUGAUUCCCAUCAUAAUUGUUCUUAGUCUACUAGCAUAUUUCUGCUCAUCUUGUUCUCGAUACGCUCGAUUCAUGGGAAGUUACCUUCAUCGUAUUACACGAGAAAAAGAAAACGAACCACAAAAUGAUCUUGUACGCGAAUUUUCCUUGCAAGUUAUUCAUGAACCCAUUUCUAUUACUGCUAAUGGUUUUUUUAACAUUGAUUUUGACUUGCUCGGAUCGAUGGCCGCGGCAACAAUCACUUAUUUAGUGAUUUUGAUUCAGUUUGAACUAAGUGAUAAGGAAAUACAAAACAUGUCUGCAACAAACGGUACAAUGUGGUCAACAUAAUUUGAUUGGUCGUGUGAUUUUUAUCAC